UGGACAACAAAGGCCAACUUAUUUUGGCGCAAAAGUUGAAAAAGUUAGGGUUAGGGUUUAGUUUACUGUGAGACAAUCAAAACCCAAAAUAAUGGAAGGAGAGAGAGUUGAUUCAUCGUUAGGGUUCAUAAACCUAAGACCUAACAAUGGCGACGAAAGCUCGGCGGUGAAUCUGAGCGGUCAGGUUCACCAACUCCCUUGCUGCAUCAAAUACGACGGUCCCUGCCCCGUUUCUCACUACUUCAGACCCAAAUCCACCGGGAUUGAAGUUGAUGGAUUGAAAGUUGAAGAAGCUCAUUUUAGAGGAAGAAAGUUGCAGGGUGUAACAAUUUCACUUCCAGAUGGCUACUCUGGCUUUGUUCUGGGAAAGAAAAGUACUGGCAAGAGAAAAGUUUCUGACACGUCUGAAGAGAACUCAACCUGUUGGGAGACGAAUGCAAGGUUUGAUAAACUAACAUAUUGGAAUCAUGACACAUGUCCUACAAAAGAUGAUGUUUUCUUGCGUUCGUUCCAUUGGUUCACCAUUUCAGAAGCACUCCACAAGCCGGUGACAGCUGAAGAUCUGGUUUCUUCAUCAAUUACUCUGAAAAAAAGUUGAUGUAUUGAUUAAGGUAGUAUAAAAGGAGGAUGUUGUAUUUGUAAUAUUCUGCCAUUGUUUUUCUGUCUUACUUCUAAAUAUUUCUGUUUAUAAUCAAC